UAAGCUUGGAAUUCAGUAAUUAUGUUAAAUUAUAUUAUCACUAAAAGCACGUAUGGGCUUUAAGAAAUUAGCUUAAAAAAAAGACACAACAGUGACUGCUCACACAAUGUAUUUAAGAUACAUAAAACCAACGUUUGUUUUCUUCUAGGGUGAUUUGAUCCGGAUGCUAUGGCAAGAAAAUCAUAAUAUGUUUGAACUCCAGGCCAAGCAAAAUGCAAAUGUAUGUUUUGAUGGGCUAAACCUCUCUUGUCCCAUAUCUAACAGGCCUCUUCCUAUUGACCUUGCCAUGAAUAUUAUCAUGUUUGGAACAGUAGCCCUUACAGUGGCAGGGAAUAUUUUAGUGAUUGUUUCAGUAACUCACUUCAAACAGCUUCACAGUCCAACCAACUUCCUCAUAUUAUCCUUGGCAGUGACAGACUUUCUCCUCGGACUAGUGGUAAUGCCGUAUAGCUUGGUGAGAUCUUUAACUUCAUGCUGGUAUUUUGGGGAACUUUUUUGCAAGCUACACAGCUGUAUUGACAUGGCAUUGUGUACUGCCUCCAUAUUCCACCUCUUCUUCAUUUCUGUUGACCGAUACUUUGCAAUAUGUCACCCCCUUCAUUACUACAGGAAAAUAACAAUAUCUGUAAUUGGAGUGUGUUUACUGAUUAGCUGGAUCAUUCCAUGUGUGCAUUCAUUUGGCCUUGUUUUUUCCAAUGUUCACAUGGAAGGUAUACAGGAAAGUCCAGCUUGCUGUGAUUCGUGCUCCCUUGUGUUUAAUAAACUAUGGAGUAUAAUCACCUCAUUGCUGUCUUUCUUUUUCCCAGGCUGCCUCAUGAUUGUAAUUUACAUACAUAUUUUCUCUGUUGCAACAAAACAAACAAAGGUGAUUAAUAACCAUUUUAAUUCUACACGUGAAAAAACAAGUACUAAGAAUAAAAUCUUAAUAAAUAUAGAAAGUAAAGCGGCAAAGACACUAAGCCUUGUGAUGGGGGUGUUCAUAUUGUGCUGGAUGCCUUUUUUUAUUACAACUAUAGUUGAUCCUUACCUUAACUUCUCAGUAUCGGUUAAUGUUUAUAAUAUUGUAUUAUGGCUUGGCUAUUUCAAUUCUGCAAUCAAUCCUAUUAUUUAUGGUCUUUUUUAUCCAUGGUUUCAAAAAUCGUUUAAGAUCAUACUUUCAUGUAAAAUACUACAUGCAAAUUCUUCUUCCAUGAAUGUGCUAGCUAGGCUGUAAACCAUUCACAUUUGUUACAAUACCAGAUACACCUUAUUGUUCUUAUUUAAGGGGAUUUCUAGCACAGGAACAUGAAAGAUGCAUGUAGCAUUUUAUAGGCCUGCCAUUAGAAACUGUGGGGCCCAUAAUGCUUGCCUGCCUGACAGUAUUUCUAAUCUGCUGCAUACGACAGCCCUUCUGGCCAAUCCAACCGACAUCAUGUUGUCACAUGAAAAUAUAUAAUAACAUAUUUACAAAAAUGUGA